AUGUCCAGCGACAGCGCGCGGCUCCUGACGCGGUACGUGCGGCCCAUCUACGAGGCCAUUGACGGUCGCCAGUACAAGGCCGCGAUCAAGCUGUGCGCGCAGAAGCGUGUGGCAGAUCUGGACAUUGUGCAGGUCCUGAAGGCGCACUGCCUCGAGCGCACGGGCCGCGGGGACGAGGCGCUGACCAUCUGCCGCCGGAUCCAACGCACGCAGCCGACGGACGAGACGCUGCUGAAUACUAUGAAUUUGGUGUUUAAGCUCGCGGGCUGUGAGCAAGAGAUGCUGCCGACGUUCGAGUACGCGUGCAGCGCGAGCGAUCCGCCCCACGAAGAGCUCUACCAGUCGCUGUUUGUGAGCUACGCGAGACGCGGGGCGUUCCUCAAGCAACAGCAGACGGCGCUCAAGAUGUUCAAGUGCUUUGGCAACACCAAGUACGUGUGCUGGGCUGCGCUCGGCAUGAUGUUGCAGGUGGAGCACGAAGGAGCGUCAUCGCAGAUGCUGGCGCUGGCGGAGAAGAUGCUGCUCAAGACGUUGCGCGUGUCGGGGUCGGACGAUGGCGAGGCGCUGCAGCUGACGGUGCUGAUUCUGCAGCUGCAAGACAAGCACCAAGGGGCGCUGGACGCUUUUGACGAGUUUGUCAAGAGGGAAGACAGCAACGACACAACGGCAAAGCAGCAGCAGAAAAAGCAAUCGACGACGUUGAGACGAGCUGCAGAGGGAGAAGGAGCGUAUGAAGAGGACAUUGAGCUUGGACCGAUGCAGGCUAUAGAUCGACUGUCUCUCGAAGCGACAUUGGCAAAGAAUGUGGCAGACUGGACUCGGUGUGCAGCAGCGAACCGCAAGUUGCUGGAAAAGUACAAUGCGGAUGAUUGGACGUUUUUGAAAGACUACAUCACUGCACGAUUUGAAGAGAAGAAGGAUUGCACAGUGGAGGAAAUGCUGGCACUAGGAGAGGAAAUCACGCGGUUCUUGAACGAGCUGCAGUCUCGUCCGGACAACGAGCGCAUUCGAGGCCCUGCUCUCGCUUUGAUCCACGUUUGUGCCGAAACCUUGCGUCGUAUAAAGCCGGAAGAUGCGGCUGUAUCGCAGGUAGAAACGAAGCUGCAUACGCUCAUUGUUGCCUACGCGGAUCGGCUUCACUCCAAAGCGUGUUGCUUCACAGACUUGAAGCAGUACUUUACUUUCUACCUGAAGAUGAGGACGUCGUCAUCUGCGAAAUCUAAUCUAGUCCAGCACUUUAGCGAGCUGUCGAAGAUUUCUGCAGGCUUGCUCAAGAACAACCCGGUACAUGGUGACAUGGAUGAGAAGACCCGUAAAGAUGGGCAAAGCAACUUGAGCAGGCGCCUGCUUGCGCUGAAGGCACUCCGCUUCCUGGGCUACUAUGACACUCCUGGAAAGUUUUCGGUCAACGAUCUGAACCAUUUAGUAACGGAGCUUGAGGACGAGUACGAAGCCACGAACUGGCUCAAUAUUGGUAGUGCAGGCGGCCAGCGCGAAGUGCAGCUCACGGACGACUUGCUACUGCUUGCAGCGCACUUUUUGCUGGAUAUUUAUCAGCGAUCUAGCGGUCAUCGCGAAUACCUGAAGCGUGCCGCAGGACUUUUGGAAUAUGGGCUAGAAAGGAGCGCGUACAACUUCCAAAUGAAGCUCCUCUUGUCCCGUGUCUAUGGUUACUUGGGUGCUGCGGAGGCGAUGCUGAAGCGUCACGCAGAGCUGGAUGUGAAGUAUAUCCAGCUGGACUCGUUGUCGUUUUUGGUGCUGGACAAAAUGCUUGACCUUUGCCAGUAUGCUGAGGCACAGAAGCUCACGGAUGCAAUUGAAGCCCUUCACCGCAGCACCUUGCACGACACACCUGAGUACAUUGUCCGUGCUUAUCGACUCGGUGUCUACUCGAAGGUGGUUGACAUGUCUUCGUUUCUGCACAAGCGCAUGAAGAAGUCACACACGUUGGCUAUCAGCAAAGGAGAGACGUUGCGCUUCAAGUUGCUCGACUCUUUGGCUGCUGGCCCUGCUGCACUUUACGAGCUUGUAACGUCGGUAGAUUUUGGUGCUCAGAUCACCGGGUUGGAGAAUAUGCUGGCGUCGAAUGGUGCCGAGUUGUCGCACAAUCAGCACCGCGAAGUUGUCGUGGACUGGACGUCGCAGCAGCGCGUGCCGACCGGCGACUGUUUCAGCCACGACGACGCGCCUCUUGUCGAAUGCGAUCGGUCAGCAAACGCAAACACGUCACUGUUGUGGCUGAAGCUCAGCGUGCUGGUUCCAAAACUGCUCAAGAGUCUUGCCAGCGAUGACCAGUCCACUCUGACCGCGGCGAUGACCGAAUACGACGACGUCACCGAGCAGCUGCGUCUUCGUAACGUAACCGGUGAGCUUCAGCUACACGAGCGACUGUGGAAAUGGAGCUCGGACAGCAUCGCCGUUUCCGUUCGGAUUGUGACUGCAGUGAACGACGACCAAAGCCAAGUGGACGAAGAGCGAGAGCUUCCGCCGAAGAUCACGCGCCUCGAGGAGGACUUUGCAUCGAUUGUGGAGCUUCUGGGUGCCGGCUUUGCGUUUGCUGGUGCCGGGUCAUCAUCGGCCGAGGAGGUGGCGCUGUCCCCAUACGCUGUAUCGGCGCUGUCGUCACUGCUGCUGACCUGUGGUCUCUCUGCGCUCAGCGCCUUAGCCCUCGCCCAGCGCACUCUCGUGAAGAAGAAAGCCAAGAAAAGCGCACAGCUGUCCGUCACUGCGUCUUUGCUGCGCAACCUGUUCAAGCGCAUGCACGAGGCACUGGUCGAGUUAGAGACGUCGGUUGGCGGGCUCCAGUUCGCGUCGCACGCGCUGCCACCGACGUCGACUGUGGCCCGAGGCGCUGGUCAGAACAAGGCGGAUGCGAACGUCGUGCGGUCCUACCAGUUACUUCAGACGAGGCUGGUCGAGCUGCUAAGUGCGCGCGGCAGCUUCCUUCACGCUCUGUGGCAGAAGUAG